UUGUAUGGUGUACGUCAACUUUUCUUUACUAUUAGUAGAAAGAUCAGGCUAGUGCGGCAUCCUGAUAUCCUCCUUUUGGCUCAGCCUGUUGAUGGAGAUCAUCCAGCAGGUGAAGGUGGCAUAUAUGAAACUGUCCGAUUUGAAGUAAGGCGUGCUAUUUCUGAGAUCCAAGUUGACCUCAGAAAUGUGAUCCAAAAGAAGAAUCCGUCUAACAUAGCCACAACCAAUGUUUUUGAUAUACCUUCUGAGUUGGUAAGCCCAGAUGCGGUUGAGUUAGUAUCGGAGAUCAGAAGGGAAUACGCUGCAAAGUUCCAGCAGUCGCAAGAACGGGCUAAGAAACUCCGGGAAGAUCUGGCUGUUGAGGAGCACCGUGGGAAAGAGCUGGGCAGAAUUUUAGAGGAGAUACUACCAGAGCCAAAGAGCGUUCAACCUCAACGAUCUCGACCUAGGAGAAAAAACAGCAUUGAUAGAUGGAAGAUGUCCAAGCGUCUAACAGAAGAAGCCAUGAAUUACUUAGAUGAAUGUGUAUCAAUUUCUACCUUUGACAGUUCAGAUUUUUCAUCACCAGAGGACCAACCAGUUGUCCAUAUACCAGCAGAUCCUGUUCCACAUAGUGACAGUAAUUUUUUGUCAUCCACAAAUUCGAGUGCCUCAGCCAACUGUUCUGUCGCCAGAACUCUUGGCCUUAAUAAGGAGACAGAAGAUCAGGUUCAAAGCACACUUGACCAUCAGACUUCUGGUUUAGUAUCAGAAAGCAGUACCAGGUCACCUACUAGACAUCAAGAUAAGGUCUAUUCAGAUUCAACGCCAACCAGGAAUUUGCAGUUUUCAUUUGCAUGUGCUCAGACAGAGGCUGUUGGAAUACAUAGCGAGAUAAGAGGUUACAUAAAGAAAUUUGAAAAAGAAAUUAAAAAAGAUGCUAAAGACUGCAUGGAUGUAACCUACCACGAUGCAGAGAGUCUUUUUUUGGAUGAAAGAUUGCUGUUUGAUAAGGUUAUUUUCAAGAGCAGAAUUCAAUCUGGUGGUCUUCUUCUCUGUGCAAGUGGGAAUUCAUUUUAAGAUCUCUCUUGUAAUAUAGGAAAUCCAUGUAAGUUACACGGAUAGAUGUCCAUAUUCUGUAAUCUUUUUGUUUGUAAAUUUUGUAGAAGGAUAGUUAUUGUUAUCUAUUACUUAUUGUUGCACUUGAGUUUA